AUGGCGAUCAGAAUCAGCAAGAGGCUGUUGAAGGUAGUUUUAUUGGUGAGUUUGGUGCUAGGAAUUUUUGGGCUGGUGCUUCAUACCACGGAAAAUGAAAGCGCACUUUACUAUGCUGACAAGGCCAAAGAUAUAGUAGAUAACCAGGUGAACAAAUGGACGACUGACGCGGCCAAGAAGGAAGAAAACGAAAGGAAACAGGCUGAGCACGAGGCUGAAGAUGGUAAACACCGGGAAGAGGUGCCCUUGGACGCUUCAGCAAAACAACUCUUGAGCGCUGCGGACGCCGCUAAAGAGCAAGAAGUUGUAGGUGACACAUCAGCGUCAGAAGAUACUAAAAACGCCACGAUUAAAGCAGCUUUCGUGUCUCUCGUUAGAAACACCGACUUACCGUCGAUCAUUGAGACAAUCCGGAACUUGGAAGACCGCUUCAAUAAAAAAUUUAACUACCCGUACGUCUUUUUGAACAACGAACUGUUUACUGACGAUUUCAAAUCGGCCAUUAAGAAUGUUAUCUCAUCUGAAGCCCACUUCGGACUUAUCCCCAAGGAACACUGGUCAUAUCCAGACUGGAUUAGUGAAGAGAAAGCUGCCUACGUAAGAGAAACUGCUGACUACAUUUAUGGUGACAGUGAGAGCUAUAGGCACAUGUGCCGCUUUGAGUCUGGGUUUUUUUGGCAAAAUGAAUUGCUAGAUGAUUUUGACUGGUACUGGAGGGUUGAGCCGGACACCAAAUUGCAUUGCGACGUCGACUAUGACGUUUUCAAGUUUAUGCGUGACAACAAUAAGCAGUAUGGUUUCACGGUCUCCAUCAAGGAGUUUGAAGUUACAAUUAAAAGUUUGUGGGACACUACUAAAGCUUUUAUCCAGAAACACCCCGAAUAUGUCGACAAAAAUAACAUGAUGGACUUCAUCUCGAACGACAAAGGUAAAAGCUAUAACCUGUGUCAUUUUUGGUCCAACUUUGAAGUUGCUAAUCUCAAUUUCUGGAGAUCUGAUGCGUACAGGAAAUAUUUUGACUAUCUAGACAGAGCUGGUGGCUUUUUCUACGAGCGCUGGGGUGACGCUCCAGUUCACUCGAUUGCUGCUGCACUCUUCCUGCCCAGGGACCAGAUCCAUUAUUUCCCAGACAUAGGCUAUUUUCACGCCCCGUACAAUAAUUGCCCAUUGGACAAUGACAUCUGGAAAAAAGGUAAGUGCUCGUGCGAACAGGACAUGGACUUUUCAUUUCAACCAUACUCUUGUACCAACGAGUAUUACGAAGUAAACAAGAUGAAGAAACCUGCGGGAUGGAAAAAGUUCAGAACUUGA